CGUCCAGUAUCUCAAAAACGCGUACCUCUAGGCACAACAAAAGUGGCGCACAAAUGUCAGCUCGUGCCAUUUUUUUUUUUGUCUUCACGCAUCACAUGCAAUUAUCCAACUAUUUGUCCGACUUGUGAGCAGGGCAAACUGCUCCUACUCGUACAAGGACCUUAAUGCUCAAACAGUUUUCCGUAGGCUUGAAAUAAGAGGAGAAUUUCUCCACACCGCUUCCCUGCUUGCCGGUAGGUGGAGCUUGUCUCCUUCGGCUGGAGAGGAGGAGGAGGAGGAGGAAAUCUGGAGCUGGAGAUGAUUAAGGCGGCAAGAGAGGAGGAGAGGAGAGGAGGGGAUGGCAAGCGAGGAGCGAGCGAGAGAGAGUGAGAGAGAGCAAGCGUCAGCACUCCAUGCGUUAAAAGGGCAGAUGGUAACAGCGGGUAACAGGGGAGCAAAGCCCUCCGCUGGCCGCGCAGCCAAAGAUCAGCGCGGCCGCUCAACACAUGCGGCCGGAACGUCGCGCAGGAAGCUGACCGGGAGAACACAUCGGCGGCGGCGGCGGCGGCAGCACGCUGACAAUGCUGCCCAUGCUUCCUCUUCUUCUUCUUCUUCUUCUCUGAGCCCACGCUGACAGGACACAGCAGCAGCGGAGGAAAAAGUGUGGACGGAGGAGAAGAGGGAGCCGCGAUUGCAGCGGGCAUACCGGGGCACUCGGUGGCAACAUUUGGGAGAAAGCCCUGAGCGAAAGAUGGGGCGCGAAGCCAGGGGGACGAAAAGAAGGAGGCGCAUUUAGGACAAGAGACCUGUGAAAUAUUUCAAGGAGAAACUUGCCGAAGAAAGAGAAUUCAUCAGCCGAAGCGGCAGCGCGAGGGGGAGUCAACUCUCGUCUUCUCUUUUGAUGCCACUCAAGUAGGGCCGGCGCGCGUUGCGCUCUCAGCGCCAGUCCGGGAAAAGUCGGCGAGGAGCUUCCAAUGGCGUGCUACUACAUCGUGAUCAGCUCCACCCACCUGCGUGACGGACAGCUCAGGAGCAUCAAAGGGGUGUUCCGAGGACCAAUCGGAGCCGGAGGACACAAAAACAACCAAACGGAUGAGGGCGCCUCCAGCAGCCUGUACUGCGAGCUGUGCGACAAACAAUACGUGCGCCAGCAGCAGUUUGACAACCACAUCAACUCCUACGACCAUCACCACAAGCAGCGCCUGAAGGAGUUGAAGCAGCGCGAGUUCCACCGGGCGGCGGCCUGCCGGAGGCAAAGGGAGGAGCGCCGGGACGAGCGGCGGCUGCGGAAGAGGCUGCGGCAUCGGUCGCAGCGUGAGGACAAAGCCGACGAGCGCCGCGCCUUGGGUUCGGGCCCCAUGUUCCGCUCCACCACCGUGGCGGUGGAGCCGGCGAGCGCCACGGAGAAGGGGAGCGCCGACGGCAGCCACGGCGUGGGCGCUCCGUUGCCAGAUCCUCAGAACUCACCGCGUCUCCCUCCGGAUGCCGCGCCUGGAAGCAACGCAAACACCGUCACGCCGGGCGACAUCACCCCCAAAAAUGGCGCCGCCGGCCGAAGCGGCGCCUUUCGCAAGCUCCCUUGGGCGACCAGUUUCUUCAGCGACGCCAUGAGAGCCAACAACAACAACAACAACAACGACGAGCCCGCUAACAGUGAAAACAAAGCCUCCGUCGCCAACAGGGGGCGCCCUGUUUGCUUCUCGCUGCCAAAGAGGAGCUGCGUUCUCCUGCACCGGGCGGCCGCCGUCUUUAUCCAAGCUGGGCGGAGCUCGCGCGACAGCGAAACGGCAACGCGGGAUGAGAAGCAGAUCUCCUCGACGCCGCGCGUCCGCGCUCGGACCCGAGAGCUGGAUGACAAGAUGAAAGGCAUCCUGUCUUUAUGCGAGCAGCGCCGUGGGACCGGAGCCCAAGUACGCGCGGGAGGUGGGACAGCAGCCCAAGAUGGAAGCGGGAGUCGGCUCGCAGCCCAAGUGAGUGGCGGACGUGGAAAUCAAGACGUCCAAGUGAUUGAUGGCCGGCUUACUGGAGCUCAAAGUUCUACGGGAGACCAAAUCAAGGCAGGAGGUAUGACGAGAGCCCAGAACAGUUGUCAAAGUCUAACCGUCCAGUUAACCGGGGGGAGUGGGACUUGGGCUGAAGAUGGAAGUAGAACUGAUGCUCCAAACGCUGGUGAGUGUGGGCCAGGAGCUCGUACCGGAGCCCCGAGCUGUGGUCAAACCGCCCCUGAAGUCGAGGUCACCCGAGGUAGUGAUGGAAGCAGGACCGGAGUCCAACUUGCGGGUCCGAGUGCUACGACAGGUGCCCACUUGACCGGCGCCCGGGACCUCGGCGGAACGGGAGCUGUGCUGUUUGGUGGGCUCGGCGCAAGAGUCGUCCAAGAGAGCGGCGGCAUCAGGACUGGAGCUCCAGGUACUUGGCAAAGUGGGGCAGCGGUUGAAAUCAUGCUAAGGUGCGUCGCUCGAGAUCAAGAUGGAGCCCGAGUCGCCGUUGGUAGUGCGACUGGAGAUGAAGGUUCCCGCCAAAAUGAGACAGGAACCCAAAAGGGAGGUGGACGCAGGACUGGAACCGGUGCCGAGAAUGGAAUGGAAAGCCUCAGAAGUGGAACUGGGAGCCAACCAACGCACGGAGGCGAGACUGCCGCCGGUCAUCGCGUGACCGGUGGGGAUCCACCGCCAUCGCUGCCUUUGAAGUGUCAAAGUCCCGGCUUUGAAACCUCGUCGGACAAAACUGACUUGGCUGAACUGCGACCUUUUUCCACCCUCGCCGAGCUCCAAAAAGCAAAACCCGAGAACCAAGCCCAAGAUUUGAGUCCGAAACAAACCCCGACAUCGCCUCCGGGUCGGCCCUCGGAACCCUUUUGUCCCGUCCUCAGCCGCGACGGCAGCCGCGUCCUGCUGUGGCCAUCGGAGAUGGUCCGCCGCACCCGGACGUCGCCCUCGCUCUCCUACGGCGUCAACCCGCUGCUGUACGACUUCCGAGCGCACGCGCGCGGCCGCGGGCAAGCGGCGGGCGGGAUCAAGUCGGCGGUGAUCAAACGAGCCGGCUGCCAACGGAAGCGGCAAAGCGGCGGCGGGGGAGGCGGCGAGGUGAAGUCGGAUGAAAGCCGGGAUGAGAAUCGAGGAGGACAGGCGGGAAAUCCCCUGCAAGCGGCGGACCGAGGCAAAGGAGGCAAAGCGGGCGCCGCAUUGCCACAUGCCCACGCUUCCAAAUCUUCCCGCGCUGGCUUGAGGAGGAGGAGGAGGAGGAGGAGGAACGGAAUUGAUCGUCUGGAACGACGCGCUAUUAUGUCGCCUUCCCGCAAAGCGCUGUAAUCGCUCGAAGCGGGCCAACGCGGGCGCGGGCCCGCAAUCAUCCUCCGGGUGGGGUCCCGCGCUCACAAAGCUCCUCUGCGGGGGCGCGGCAUGCAACGCCGCGAUUAGCCCCGCUCCCCGGACGCCACGCUGUCCCGAAAUGACGGCCCACCCCGCCGGCGCGGGUGCGGGCGCGGGGGCGGGGGCGGGCCGCAAACAUGGAGACGGAUGCGAGCGCGGCCCGGAAGAUGACGGCCGCGGGAAGCCCGCAGAGAUAAAAGCUCAGGAGGCGAGCGCGUGCGAGGCCGCCAUUAGCGUUGUCUCGUCCCCCCGCCGAGACGCGGCGGGCCGUCUCAAAAUCGAUGCGGCGAUUAGCCCCGUCCCGUUUUCCUUUGGCGGCCCGGCGUGCGCUCGCCGACAAACGGCGGCGGCGGGACCGAUUGGCUCCUGUGACGC